AUGUCAAUGGCAUCUGAUUUGAUCCAUGACUUUGUCUGCUCUCCGUGUCAAGAAGACAAGCUUAAUACUGAGGCCAAGCAUUUCUGUAGGGACUGCUCCAAAUACUUAUGUGACAAAUGCCUGACAUUUCACUCCAAACUCUUCAAACAGCAUGUUGUGUUGGACCAUAAGAAUGUGGACAAGUGGGUGGGGCAGGGCGACGCCCUCAUUUCAUGUGACCUUCACCCUGGUAAGGUCAUUGAACUUCUGUGUGAGGACCAUGCUGAGAUGUGCUGCCACCUCUGUGUGUCCUUGAAUCACAGGAUGUGCAGAACCAUCAGCUUGAUCUCAGACCUGGCCAAGGAUGUAUACGAGAUGGCCGAUUUCAAGCAGCUUCCAUCCAAUGUUGCUAAGAUAACAACAAGCCUGAACCAGGUUAGAGAGGUCAGAAAGAAAAACCAAUGCACAUUAAAGACUUCUGGCAAGUCCAUGCUGACAAAGAUCAAGGACUUAAGGAAGUCACUGAACCAGCUGCUAGAUAAGCUGGAGAAGAGGACAGUGAAACAGAUGGACAGUGUCCUGGCUGACCUGGAUGACACACUACAGAAGGACAUUGACUCCUGCACACUCAUACAUGACCAGCUUAAGGCCUUGAUGGACACCAUCCUAUCCCAGGGCAAGGACGAUGAGUCAAGCUCCUACAUUGGCUUCAGAAAGUGUGAAGAGAAGAUGGCAGAAGCCAACAGCCUGCUUCAGGAGAUGUCCACAAAACCUGAAUCGACCACUAGUUUCCAGUCUGAUACCAGAGUUACACAACUGCUGUCUGAUAUGCAUUCAUUAGGCAAGAUCCUUGGGAACUCCGAAUCACCGACUGGCCAUCAAAAGUCUGACAAGAAGUCUUCAAAACAGAUCAGGCCAUUGCAUGAUAUAUCAGGGGUUUUCACAGUUAAAAACAAAUCUACUUUCAAAGUGAAAAUCAAGCCAGAUAAACAUACCUGUGAAAAUAUGGGUAUAACAGAACUUCCAUCAGGAGAGAUUAUUCUUGUAGAUAACAGCAAUAACAGAGUGAAGGUAUUAAAUAUGAAGUAUAAGGUAAUUACCCAGUGUGAUGUAACUCCAAGGCCCCAGGACAUCUGUCAUGUGACUGGUAAUCAGGUGGCUGUAGCAGUAAACUGUGUUGGUCCUGUCAGGCAUGAGGUCCACUUUCUCACUGUGUCAGCUGGCAAAAUCAAGAUGACCAUGAGGUUCUCAGUUGACCAUGACUGCAUGUCCAUCAGGCACCAUGGAGACCAGCUGUAUGUGUGCUCCAAUUCUGCCCUGUACCUCUACACCACAGACAGCAAGCUAGUCAAGAAGAUAUAUGAAGACACAUCAGGAGGGAGGACAGUGGCUAACUUUGUUUUAAACCAAGAUGGCAAAAGGAUAUACAUCUGUGACUCUACAAAUAGCAAGAUCAUUACAAUUGACAUCAAUGGCAGUAUUCUAGCCACACUGAAGGAUCCAAACAUUGGAAGGCCAUGUGGUGUACAUGUGAGUGAGGAUGGACAUGUGUUUGUGAGUUCAUGGGUCUCCAACACAGUGGUGCAGGUUGACCAGGAAGGCAGGAAGAAGCUGGCCACACUGGUCAGGAGUGGAGAGGGCAUCAAAUAUCCAUGGGCAGUUUGGUACAGCACCCACACUGGCAGAUUGAUUGUGGGUGGAUCACAAGAUGACAUUCAGGUGAUGGAACUCCAGUAGAGAGACAGUCAGAAAGUCAACAAAAGUUUGGAAUAGUUGUUGAAGUGAUGGAAGGAAGCAUUCAGAGAGACAGAAACUAUGUUUAAUUCAAUUCAUUAUAAUAUGUAUGCUAAUCUAGAUUUUACUUAUUUGACUUUCUAAAUACAUUUGUUGAUUAAC